AUUCUAAUUUACACAGUCUAUGGUUGAAAAUCAAACUGAUAAAUUUAUUGCUAUUAUUAUUAUUACUAUUUUUUUUAAUCUAUUUAUGCGCAGUGUGUAUGUUUAUUAAAGUCGCUGCUGACGCGACAUGACAUUUAUCUGAGUGAAGUGAAAAUAUCCCUCAUUGUAUUAAAAUAUAUAUAUAUUAUUUUUUGAUUUAAAAAAAAUGUUAUACAGAUAGUUAUUGAAACUUAUUAAGAUAAAUUAAUAUAUUUAAUGUUUCAAAUAUUAUGAAUUCUAGAUUUAUUAAUUAGUAAAUUUUGUGUUGAUUCAUUGAUUUUAAGUUAUACAAAAAAUAUAUUAUUUUAAAACUUUUAUUUUUGUUUUUUUUUUCUCUAUAUUAUAUUGACAUUUUAUUAAUUUCUUCACAAUGAGGAAUGUUUAUGUUUAUCAAAGGACAAGAAACUAAUAAAAUGACGGCAAUGUCUCCUUCAGAACGGCGACUUCAAAAAGAAUUAAUGGCUUUAAUACGAGAACCUCCACCUGGUGUACAAGUAGACGAAGAUCUCGUUGGCCAAAAUCUAACUCAAUGGAUUGUCCACAUGGAAGGAGCUAAGGGUACCCUUUACGAAGGGGAACGUUUUCAGUUGCAGUUUAAGUUUAGCUCAAAGUAUCCAUUCGAUUCACCGGAAGUUACUUUUAUUGGAGGAAACAUUCCUAUUCAUCCGCAUGUAUACAGUAAUGGUCAUAUAUGUUUGUCAAUUUUGACAGAUGACUGGUCUCCGGCUCUCUCUGUUCAAAGUGUUUGCCUUAGUAUUGUAUCUAUGCUAAGCUCUUGCAAAGAAAAAAAACGACCACCUGAUAAUACAUUUUAUGUGAAAACGUGUAAUAAAAAUCCAAAGAAGACAAAGUGGUGGUAUCAUGAUGAUAGCGUAUAAUGACAGCUUUUAUACGUGAGCGUGAAACGUAAAAAUAAAAAAUUUAAAUUUAAAUUCAACUAAAUUGGAAAAAAAUAUAUCAAAUAAAACUCAAUAGUUCAUAAAUAAAGUUAUGCAUUUUUAAUCAAGCUGCCAUUGAUUGCAGCUGUUUUAAAUUCAAGUAUCAAGUAUACACAAUAUAGAAAAAAAAUGUAUUAUGAAUACAUAAAAAUAAUAUUCUUAAAAAGAAAAAAAAAGUUAACACUUAAAUUAAACAAAAAAAUAAAUAAUAAAUAUAUCAAAAAGUAUUAUAAUAGUGUAGUAUAAUUUGAAGUUGUCAGAUAAAAAUGAAUAAAUUGUGAAAGAUUAAACAUUUCGUGUAAUUUAAUUUAAGUAGUAAUUAAAUUAAAAUUUUUAUUUAUAAAAAUCCACUUACAAGCUCUUUCAAAAAACACAAUGUCGAGUUUAUCGAUAGAAAAUGUAUAAGUAGAAGUAGAGGUGAAUGUAUGUAUUUUUGAAGAUUAUCAAGACAACAUUAUGAAAUAAUGUUCAAGUAUAUGAUGUUUAAAACCAUACUAAUUAUGAGUAAAUGUAUAAUUUGUAUUUGAACAAAAGGAGAAACUAAUUACAAAAUUAUGUUUUGAAAUAAUUUUAGUAUACAAUGACAAUGGAGUAUUUUCAUUAUUAUUAAGGGUCAUAACACGAUCAUGCGUUACAGUUACUUGAAUUAAGCGCUGAUUUUCAUCCAUUAUUUGACUCAAUUUAUUUUUACAACUAGAACUAUUUAUUAUUAUUUUUUU